AUGGCUCCCUCAGUUCUCCGCCUGGGCACUGCCGCCCUGGCCUAUGCCACAACGACCUUUGCGCUUGAGACCUAUCAGCUCAAGGAGUCUUACAACCCGUCCAACUUCUUCGACAAAUUUAACUUCUUCAGCUCCCCCGACCCUAACCAGGGCUUCGUCAAGUACCGGAACAAGCAGGACGCGACCAGCCUCAAGCUCAUCGAGAGCAGCCGCGAGGAUGUGACCAUCCGGGUCGACUCGACCAGCACCGACUCGGACGGCCGCAGCAGUGUCCGGUUGGAGAGUGCCAACACUUAUAAUGGCGGCUUGUUCAUCGCCGAUUUUGCCCACCUGCCGAAGCAAGCAUGCGGUGCGUGGCCUGCGUUCUGGCUGUCCGGUCCUUCGUGGCCGCUGGACGGCGAGGUGGAUAUUUAUGAGGGCUGGAACUUGAAUAGCCGGAACAAGAUCGUUCUCCACACCGACGACCCGGCUCUUGUUGGCUCUUGCACCAUCACCGAGGGCGACUUUUCGGGCAGCAUGGUUUGGAACAACUGCUGGAACCAUGCGCCGGGUCAACCGGGCAACACGGGCUGUACGGUAGAGGAGGCGGACGGGUCGUUUGGUAACGCUGCUGGCGGUGUCUACGCGACCGAGUGGGCCGACGACGGCAUCAGGGUGUGGUCGUGGGCCCCCAGCGGGGUGCCCGCCGACGUAGCGAGCGGCAAACCUGACCCGAGCAAAUGGGGUCCUCCCAAGUUCUCAGCCGGUGGCAACGGUUGUGACGUGAAGCGAGCCUUUAACAACAUGCGCCUGAUUCUGAACAUCAACCUGUGCGGCGACGCGGCGGGCGGGCUCUGGGGCGAAACUUGCGAGAAGCAGACCAAGGUGGACGAGUGCUAUAAGUAUGUGCAGUGGAACCCGUCAGCAUACGCGCAGACGUACUGGCAGAUCCGUGGCAUCGAUGUGUACCAGCUGGAGGCCGGUACACCGCCCACUUCCACCAAGGCGACCAGCACGAAGGCGACGAGCACCAAGGCCUCGACCACCAAGGUAACGACCACCAAGGCUUCCACUACCAAGGCUUCCACCACCAAGGCCUCCACCACCAAGGCCUCCACCACCAAAGUGACGACUACCAAGGCCUCCACGACAAGCACCAAGACCCACGCUCCUAGCAGCUCAACCAAGGCCUCGGUCACUUCGAUCCAGAAGCCUUCGACCACCAAGCACAGCGUGACCUCGGCGUCGACCGCCACCGAGACCGAGAGUGAGUGCUCGGAUGACGCUCCCUCCACUACUGAAUUCCCCGGCACCACCAAGACCGCGGCCACGACCACGGCCACCGAAACGGAUACCGAGUCGGAGUGCAGCGACGAGCCCACUGAGACUGCCACUGGUACUGCUCCCGAGACCACCCACUCGCCCCCCGUGGUUACCCUCACCACCACGGCUUCGCAGUCCUGGACCGUUUCGACGGUGUACACCACCAGCACCUACACCGUCACAUCGUGCGCGCCAUCAGUGACUUCCUGCCCCGGCCAUGUCGUGACCAAGACCAUUGCCGUCUCGACGACCAUUUGCCCCGUGACCGCGACCGAGACCGGCUCUGGGCCCGAGCCUACCGGCGGCAAUGGUGGCGACAACGGUGGUGACAACGGCGGUGACAACGGCGGUGACAACGGCGGUGACAACGGCGGUGACGAAGACACCACCACCACGGUGCACUCUUCCACGACCAUCUCGCUGACCACUACCGUCGUCAUCCCGCGCCCGAGCGAUCAGCCCUCUGAGAGCAGCGAAAACCCUAGCUUCAUCCCCAGCUACACCACCAGUUACGCUCCGAGCUUCAUCACCAGCAGCGAUGUGGCAGAGCCGACGGGUGAUAACGGCGCUGUGCCGCCACCUGUAGAGAUCGUCACGACGACCGGGACGGGGACCAAAACUGGCGUGAGUGGGCCGGUGGUUACGGCGGGUGCGGCCAAGGCCGUCGGGGGCCUAGCGAUGGUGGCUGGAGGGUUGGUGUGCGCGUUGAUGCUUUAA